AUGCCACAAGAGGAAGUGGAGGAGGAGGAGGAGAAGAAGGAGGAGGAAGAGCCGGCGACAUGUCGCUGGCAGCAUGUGAUGAGGAGGAUCAACAGUUGGUAUGGUUCUCUGGCUUCUUCUCCGGACUCGCGGGCUGUUAUAAGAGUGCGGGUGUCCCCCCCCGAUCGACUCGACAUCAACAAACAAACAAACGGAGGAGGGAAGCAUUUGACCCGACAGUUUGGACAGGUGUGGGGAGCGAACGCGAAAACAAAGGUUGCCAAUGCCGGGGCGGGGAGAGGGGGGUGGAAGCCGAGGUACAGGUUUUUGGUGGUGGUGUUGGUGGUUGUUGGUGGUGACGGUGGUAGUGGUGGCAGGAAGAAGGUUCUUGGCGGGCAUAGCAAUGUUGACAUGGCUGCUGGGUUUCACCAUGACGUGCGGAUCUCGCCAUGUCUGCCUGGGGUAGUGGGAGUGUUUUGGGAUGGGAGGGGAAUCAUUGGAUGA